AUGGCAGACGUAGAGGUGAAGGGAGAGGGGGGCAGCGGAGGAGGGAACGGGUGGCAGUUGCUGAAGAGGAUGGGCUCUCUGGGCGCUGCUGCCUCACCUGUCUGUCUGCUGUCUCACCUCUCUGUCUGCUGCCUCACCUGUCUGUCUGCUGCCUCACCUGUCUGUCUGCUGCCUCACCUGUCUGUCUGCUGUCUCACCUCUCUGUCUGCUGCCUCACCUGUCUGUCUGCUGCCUCACCUGUCUGUCUGCUGCCUCACCUCUCUGUCUGCUGCCUCACCUGUCUGUCUGCUGCCUCACCUGUCUGUCUGCUGUCUCACCUGUCUGUCUGCUGCCUCACCUGUCUGUCUGCUGUCUCACCUCUCUGUCUGCUGCCUCACCUGUCUGUCUGCUGCCUCACCUGUCUGUCUGCUGCCUCACCUGUCUGUCUGCUGUCUCACCUGUCUGUCUGCUGCCUCACCUGUCUGUCUGCUGCCUCACCUGUCUGUCUGCUGCCUCACCUGUCUGUCUGCUGUCUCACCUGUCUGUCUGCUGCCUCACCUGUCUGUCUGCUGUCUCACCUCUCUGUCUGCUGCCUCACCUGUCUGUCUGCUGUCUCACCUCUCUGUCUGCUGCCUCACCUGUCUGUCUGCUGCCUCACCUGUCUGUCUGCUGCCUCACCUGUCUGUCUGCUGUCUCACCUCUCUGUCUGCUGCCUCACCUGUCUGUCUGCUGCCUCACCUGUCUGUCUGCUGCCUCACCUGUCUGUCUGCUGUCUCACCUGUCUGUCUGCUGCCUCACCUGUCUGUCUGCUGUCUCACCUCUCUGUCUGCUGCCUCACCUGUCUGUCUGCUGUCUCACCUCUCUGUCUGCUGCCUCACCUGUCUGUCUGCUGUCUCACCUCUCUGUCUGCUGCCUUACCUGUCUGUCUGCUGUCUCACCUGUCUGUCUGCUGCCUCACCUGUCUGUCUGCUGUCUCACCUGUCUGUCUGCUGCCUCACCUGUCUGUCUGCUGCCUCACCUGUCUGUGUGCUGCCUCACCUCUCUGUCUGCUGCCUCACCUGUCUGUCUGCUGCCUCACCUGUCUGUCUGCUGCCUCACCUGUCUGUCUGCUGUCUCACCUCUCUGUCUGCUGCCUCACCUGUCUGUCUGCUGCCUCACCUGUCUGUCUGCUGCCUCACCUGUCUGUCUGCUGUCUCACCUGUCUGUCUGCUGCCUCACCUGUCUGUCUGCUGCCUCACCUGUCUGUCUGCUGUCUCACCUCUCUGUCUGCUGCCUUACCUGUCUGUCUGCUGCCUCACCUGUCUGUCUGCUGCCUCACCUGUCUGUCUGCUGUCUCACCUGUCUGUCUGCUGCCUCACCUGUCUCUCUGCUGCCUCACCUGUCUGUCUGCUGCCUCACCUGUCUGUCUGCUGUCUCACCUCUCUGUCUGCUGCCUCACCUGUCUGUCUGCUGCCUCACCUGUCUGUCUGCUGCCUCACCUGUCUGUCUGCUGUCUCACCUCUCUGUCUGCUGCCUCACCUGUCUGUCUGCUGCCUCACCUGUCUGUCUGCUGCCUCACCUGUCUGUCUGCUGUCUCACCUGUCUGUCUGCUGCCUCACCUGUCUGUCUGCUGUCUCACCUCUCUGUCUGCUGCCUCACCUGUCUGUCUGCUGUCUCACCUCUCUGUCUGCUACCUCACCUGUCUGUCUGCUGCCUCACCUGUCUGUCUGCUGCCUCACCUGUCUGUCUGCUGUCUCACCUCUCUGUCUGCUGCCUCACCUGUCUGUCUGCUGCCUCACCUGUCUGUCUGCUGCCUCACCUGUCUGUCUGCUGUCUCACCUGUCUGUCUGCUGCCUCACCUGUCUGUCUGCUGUCUCACCUCUCUGUCUGCUGCCUCACCUGUCUGUCUGCUGUCUCACCUCUCUGUCUGCUGCCUUACCUGUCUGUCUGCUGUCUCACCUGUCUGUCUGCUGCCUCACCUGUCUGUCUGCUGUCUCACCUGUCUGUCUGCUGCCUCACCUGUCUGUCUGCUGCCUCACCUGUCUGUCUGCUGUCUCACCUGUCUGUCUGCUGCCUCACCUGUCUGUCUGCUGCCUCACCUGUCUGUCUGCUGUCUCACCUCUCUGUCUGCUGCCUUACCUGUCUGUCUGCUGCCUCACCUGUCUGUCUGCUGCCUCACCUGUCUGUCUGCUGUCUCACCUGUCUGUCUGCUGCCUCACCUGUCUGUCUGCUGCCUCACCUGUCUGUCUGCUGCCUCACCUGUCUGUCUGCUGUCUCACCUCUCUGUCUGCUGCCUCACCUGUCUGUCUGCUGUCUCACCUCUCUGUCUGCUGCCUCACCUGUCUGUCUGCUGCCUCACCUGUCUGUCUGCUGCCUCACCUGUCUGUCUGCUGUCUCACCUCUCUGUCUGCUGCCUCACCUGUCUGUCUGCUGCCUCACCUGUCUGUCUGCUGCCUCACCUGUCUGUCUGCUGUCUCACCUGUCUGUCUGCUGCCUCACCUGUCUGUCUGCUGUCUCACCUCUCUGUCUGCUGCCUCACCUGUCUAUCUGCUGUCUCACCUCUCUGUCUGCUGCCUCACCUGUCUGUCUGCUGUCUCACCUCUCUGUCUGCUGCCUUACCUGUCUGUCUGCUGUCUCACCUGUCUGUCUGCUGCCUCACCUGUCUGUCUGCUGUCUCACCUCUCUGUCUGCUGCCUCACCUGUCUGUCUGCUGCCUCACCUGUCUGUGUGCUGCCUCACCUCUCUGUCUGCUGCCUCACCUGUCUGUCUGCUGCCUCACCUGUCUGUCUGCUGCCUCACCUGUCUGUCUGCUGUCUCACCUCUCUGUCUGCUGCCUCACCUGUCUGUCUGCUGCCUCACCUGUCUGUCUGCUGCCUCACCUGUCUGUCUGCUGUCUCACCUGUCUGUCUGCUGCCUCACCUGUCUGUCUGCUGUCUCACCUGUCUGUCUGCUGCCUCACCUGUCUGUCUGCUGUCUCACCUCUCUGUCUGCUGCCUCACCUGUCUGUCUGCUGCCUCACCUGUCUGUCUGCUGCCUCACCUGUCUGUCUGCUGUCUCACCUCUCUGUCUGCUGCCUCACCUGUCUGUCUGCUGCCUCACCUGUCUGUCUGCUGCCUCACCUGUCUGUCUGCUGCCUCACCUGUCUGUCUGCUGUCUCACCUCUCUGUCUGCUGCCUCACCUGUCUGUCUGCUGCCUCACCUGUCUGUCUGCUGCCUCACCUGUCUGUCUGCUGCCUCACCUGUCUGUCUGCUGUCUCACCUCUCUGUCUGCUGCCUCACCUGUCUGUCUGCUGCCUCACCUGUCUGUCUGCUGCCUCACCUGUCUGUCUGCUGUCUCACCUCUCUGUCUGCUGCCUCACCUGUCUGUCUGCUACCUCACCUGUCUGUCUGCUGUCUCACCUCUCUGUCUGCUGCCUCACCUGUCUGUCUGCUGCCUCACCUGUCUGUCUGCUGCCUCACCUGUCUGUCUGCUGUCUCACCUCUCUGUCUGCUGCCUCACCUGUCUGUCUGCUGCCUCACCUGUCUGUCUGCUGCCUCACCUGUCUGUCUGCUGUCUCACCUCUCUGUCUGCUGCCUCACCUCUCUGUCUGCUGCCUCACCUGUCUGUCUGCUGCCUCACCUGUCUGUCUGCUGUCUCACCUGUCUGUCUGCUGCCUCACCUGUCUGUCUGCUGUCUCACCUGUCUGUCUGCUGCCUCACCUGUCUGUCUGCUGUCUCACCUCUCUGUCUGCUGCCUCACCUGUCUGUCUGCUGCCUCACCUGUCUGUCUGCUGCCUCACCUGUCUGUCUGCUGUCUCACCUGUCUGUCUGCUGCCUCACCUGUCUGUCUGCUGUCUCACCUGUCUGUCUGCUGCCUCACCUGUCUGUCUGCUGUCUCACCUCUCUGUCUGCUGCCUCACCUGUCUGUCUGCUGCCUCACCUGUCUGUCUGCUGUCUCACCUGUCUGUCUGCUGCCUCACCUGUCUGUCUGCUGUCUCACCUGUCUGUCUGCUGCCUCACCUGUCUGUCUGCUGCCUCACCUGUCUGUCUGCUGCCUCACCUGUCUGUCUGCUGUCUCACCUCUCUGUCUGCUGCCUCACCUGUCUGUCUGCUGCCUCACCUGUCUGUCUGCUGUCUCACCUGUCUGUCUGCUGCCUCACCUGUCUGUCUGCUGUCUCACCUGUCUGUCUGCUGCCUCACCUGUCUGUCUGCUGCCUCACCUGUCUGUCUGCUGCCUCACCUGUCUGUCUGCUGUCUCACCUCUCUGUCUGCUGCCUCACCUGUCUGUCUGCUGCCUCACCUCUCUGUCUGCUGCCUCACCUGUCGGUCUGCUGUCUCACCUCUCUGUCUGCUGCCUCACCUGUCUGUCUGCUGCCUCACCUGUCUGUCUGCUGUCUCACCUCUCUGUCUGCUGCCUCACCUGUCUGUCUGCUGCCUCACCUGUCUGUCUGA